CGAUAUCAGUACUGAGUACCGAGGCCGAGAGUAGUAUCAGUAUCAGUAUCAGAAGAACCUACUCACUACUUAGUAUAUUAAUUAUUAAUCAGUUAAGUUAACACAAAGUGAUAAUUUAAACUGUUGUUUUAAUUUAGCAUUUCGUAAAAUGGAUUUGAUUGUGGAAAGAUAGGUACUUUGACAGAAAUUUUCAACUUCGUCCUAUUGCCAUAAAUUCAUAAAUCAUAAAUGAUAUCUUUGAGUUUAAGUAAAGGGCUAGCUAUUUUUAAGAGCUUUGCAGCUGCCCUUUGCAAAAACACCAAUUUCAUCUUUCUAGAUUUUAUAGAAACGAAGUUAUGAUUAUUUUUUGGUGAAUUUUUUAUACCCCAUUAUUUAUCGUUGUAUUUAUUAACUCAAACUGUGAAAACUUGUGACCGACUUUCCAAAUUUCUGCCUUAUUUUGCCCACAACUUUUUAUUUUUAAAGAUAAUACUCAAUGCAGUUGCAUUGUAUAUACCACUCUUACUUAAAACUCUAAAUACUGUAGUAUGAGUAGACAUUUCAGUUUCAAAAUAGGUCUAGUUUUACUUGUAACUUUGGCUUAACUUAAAACUUAAAUUUAAAUUAAAGACCUGAGUGAGUCAACUUUAGUAUAGGUUUUAUCAUUAUUGUUUCUUCCCUAGGCCUAACCUUUAAUUUUAAUUAAAUAGUUACUACAAUUCAAUUCAAAAAUUGGAGGGGGGGGGGGGUGACAAUUAGCAUUAGAAGUAAAUGAUCUUUACCUUGUAUGUUAUGGUAAUUUAUAUUUAGGCACCUAUCUUAUGGCUUGUCAAUUUACAUAGAAUUUCUAUUAGAAAUAAAUAAUUUAUAUCUUUAAUAAUAUUAAUAAUAUAAUUAUAAUAUAUGCAUAUAAUAUUGACACUAUAGUGUAGGCGUAGGGUAUGGAAAGUAGUAUUAGUAUAGGCCUACUGAUUCAAGCAACUGACUCUUGAUCUCAGUGAAACUCUUUGUUUAAAUGUAAAACCUAGUAUAGUAAAUAAAGAAAUUUUCAUGAGCAUGGGGCCAAUUGAUAUAAAAAAGGAAAUUUUCUUAAAAACAAAUAGAACAAAUAUUGUAGUAGUAGUAGUAGUGUGGUGUAAAUUACAUGUGGGCAUAAUUUAUUUACAACAAAAAUAAAUACACUAGAAUGUUUCACUUUCAGAAUAUUGUUUGCUCAUCAACAAUUAUAACCUUUAAAUACCAGGGUAUAGUUUGCACUACAGACUACAGACUACAGACUUAUGUUUUUGGCCUAUUAUUAAUAUACAUUGAAAUAAACCUACACAAUUUUUUUAAUGAAAAUUUUAUGUCCACAAUAAAGUUGAAUUCAUUAGUGUUUUAAUCAGUGUUAUAUUAAAUUAUAUAUUGUACAUUUUAGAACAAUGCAUUUAGAUUUUAUUUUAGAUUUUCUCAUAUUCUUUCCUUUUAACUUAUACAAGUUUGUUUUGUAGUUGCAAACAAACAGGCUAAACAAUGUCAGUAAUUACUAAGAUACCAGAACCUAAUCUCUGGGAAGAGAUUUGCAAAGGUAAACUUUAAUAUAUUAAUUAAUGAUCUUAUUUAUUUAUGUCUUUAAAUUUGUUAAUCCGAAUUUAUUUAAAAUUUGCUUUAAUGCUCAAUAAAUAGUAGGCCUAUUUUAAAAUAUCGUAUUAAAUUGGACAUUAAAAAAAAAAAAUAUUAACUAUUAAAACUAAAAGGAUGUUAAAUGUCAAUUUUUAUGGCAAAAACCAAUAAUGGAUAUCAUAUGUAGGCUACAUUAAUGAUUGCGGCUAUUCGGAUCAGGUCCGAGAAGUGAGAGUUUGGGUUUAUUAAAAAAUAUUUAAAAACUAUUGUAGGGUUUGUAAGACAAAAUUAGGUAUCAAAUGAAAGAUAAUUGAAUGGACUAUAUUUUUGUAAACUUUCUUCUUCAGCUUAACUAAAAAUAAAACUACCGGUAAAACAAAUGACAUCCAAAUAGCAUUUAGUCAAAAUGGACCCGGACACGCAACGCCACUUUUCGGACCCGGGUCCCUUUAGACUCAAUACUCUUCAGAUGUCAUUUUUGGUAGUUUAUUUUAGUUAAACUGAAGAAGUUUACAAACAUAUAGUCCAUUCAAUUAUCUUUCAGUUGAUACCAAAUUUGUCGUACAACCUAAAAAUAAUUUUUUUUUAAAAUUUUAAUCCCAACCUCUCACUUCUUGGACCUGGGUCCAAAUAGCCACUUUGUACAUUAGCUUAUAAUUAUACAUGUAUAAAAAUAAAUUAUGUGGGGGGAGGACAGUUGACUUGGUCAAUCCUGAAGUCAAAAUGCAAUGAACAAAGUAUCACCAAUUUUUAAUCUAUUGCACAUAGAAUUUGCUUCACAAAGGCCACCGUUUGAAGAAGAUACAGACAGAGCAUCAGUUGCUACUGAUUACAGUGACUAUGAUCCAGCCAGACACAAUCCAGUCUUCUAUGGCAAGAUGUUUACCAAAGUUGAGAUUGAUGAAGAUGUGAGUGUUGAGUUUGAUCCAGCUAUUAGUCAUCCAUCUUGUCUUGGUUACAGUUUUGCUGAGAAACCAGUUAAAAAGGAAACUUCUGAGCCCACCACCCUUCCUGAUUAUCAUACAUGUAAGAAUCUCAGAAUAUAAACUAAAUUGAAACAUGUUUUGUUUUUAGUGUGCCAGAGUAUAGUACACAGAUAUUGUUAACUAAUUUAAAUAAAGUUUUGUUUUAUUAUUUACAUAUAGGCAAUAUAGGCUUAUUUACAAAUUUAUUCCACUUCCUUUAUCUUUAUUUUAAUGACUUGAUUGCGGUGCACCUUAUCUAAUUAAUAGUAAACAAAAGUAUUAUAAAAAUUGUUUUGAUAAAAAUUCAACAAAUUAUAUUAUGUACCCAUGCUUUAUGUCAUAUAAUUACUUGUUUAUAAGUUUCACUCAAACUAAUUAAUUUGAAAAGCAAUAAAUUAUUGAAAAUUAGCAUAAAUAAUUUUUUAAAAUCUUAUUGAGUCUUCAAUGUAUAACGAGAGUAAAAAUCAGCAUCACUUUCAUUUGUUUUGUUUUCUUCUUGUGAAGGUCCAGCAACAGAUUACUUAAAUCAUUAUAUAUAUCCAUGGCUUCUUCCAGCAUUAGAGGCAAUGUUAAAAAAAGCAAAGCUAGAAAAAUGUUUUGAGGUAAGAGUUAGAGAGCUUAGAAAAAAUAAUAAAUGAUGGGGAGUUUAACCUGACAAUUGGGAUAUAUCAACCAUACAUAGAGAUAGGAUGCACAUAAUAAUUUCUGGAUAUUGUUUAACACUAAAUCUUUUAUGUGAUUUGUUAAAACAAUUUUUCAUGAAGACACUCUUACAAAGGCACGGCUCCACAUUUUAACAUGAGGAGCAUAAUUGACAUAUAUUUUGUUCAUGAGCUUUUCAUGUUAGAAUGUCAGACAGUAAACAAAUAUUACUAAUAUAAUCAGUUCCUAUAGUUCUCCUCUGGUAAUUAAUUUGUAUUCACAAUAACUAAUUAACUGGGCCAUUAUUAUAGUUUUAUAAAGUGUUGGUUAUAUUUUAGGAAGCUAUUCAUGAGGAUGUGAGAUAAUCAUUUUUGUUGUCAAUGAGGUUACAAUUUUAUCAGGGCUGCAGAAGAUGAACUAUAUUUUACAAAUGAAUGUCACUAAACAACUGCACUGGAGUUGAUUUCUCUUAUUAAGUAAAUAUAAAAACUGGCAGAAAUUUUCACCAUCAUUUCUUAUUUUAUUGAAUGCUAUCAUUUAUUGCCAAGGCAAAAGUGAAUGAUAUUUUUAUAGCUCAAGAUUUUUAAUCUGUUUCUAUCACUCUGCAGCCCUAAACAUUUAAUUGCUUUAUGGGUUUUAGCUUUUUAAGCUUUUGUUCAAAUUUAUAGAAAACAAUGUAUGUGUUGAAAAUUCACAGUUUUUUACAAUAACAAAUAAUUUGUUUGAGAUUUUUAUUUCUAACAUGUGCAGGUAUUAUACUCAUUAUUAAAAUGUUGCUGCAUUUAGGCCUACUCUUACUCUUAUGCUCACUUUUCUGAAAAAUUAAGAAUACAUUUUAUUUUCAAGCCAAAAUCUAUAAUUUAAAUCAGGGCUACUGAUAGUUUCAGCACAAUUUUUCCUUUUAUAAAGUAUUAAGUUGUUAUGCUGCUAAGUAAUUUCUUGAUAAAGUGAUUAUAUUAAUAAAUGUUAAGUAAAUUAUUUCAGUUUACUUAAGGUCAUGGCAUUAAAAAAAAGAGUUACAUUGCAUGAGUGAAUUUGGAAUUAAUAUUUAAUGAAUCUAUUCAAACAACACAAGUAUAAAUAUAAAUAUAUCAUAGCUUAAGUGGAGUAUUUAAUAAAACAAACAUGUCCAUACUUCACAGUGGCAUUAACUAUUUCUAAGCAUUAGCAACUUACUAUUAGUAAAGUAUAUGUUUCUAAUUAAGAAGUUUAUUAAAAAUUAUUUACAUUACCAAUUAUUAUAAACUAUUAAUCAAUAUAAAUGUUUGAAAAUCCUUUAGAGAAAAAUUAUUAUAAAUGACAAUUUUUUAUUUUGAUCAGAGAAAAAGAACCAAGUUCAAUGCAUCAGAUUUUUUAACUGAACAUUUAUACAGGUGGGUAGUAUUUAUGCUUUGUUUUAGGAACACAACUUUAUUUAGUGGUCUUUUAUUAUACCAGGUACCUCUAAUAUUCAAUAUUAUCCAGACUUUUAUUUGAACAGUUUGAAGGAUUUUUACUUUUAACUCCAAUGUAAACACACAUAUUAUUGCAGGUUUACUUUGGGUUACUUGGGGUUACUUCAGGUGAUUUUAUGAAAAGAAAUUUGGAUAAUUUUUUUUUUAAACACUACAAAGAUAAAUGUGAAUAUGGAAAUAUGGCUUUGUCUUAUAAUAAUAUGAUCAUUCUAUUUUCAUUGGAUUUAUCUUAUGCAACAAUUUUUUUAUAACUAUCUUAUAGCAACAACCCAUACAAGAAAAAUGAAGAUAGGCAAAAUAUUCAAUUGUUAGAUAUUCCUUUUGUCAAGGCGUGGCUUAAGGAUCAGUAAGUAGUCAAGUUCAUCAGAAGCCUGAAAUUAUUAGUCUUUAAUUUUAUGAUAAUUAGUAACAAAUAGCCCAUGAAAAAAAGUAACUAAAUUAGGACAUGUAAAAGGUGCGUGAGAAAAUAAAUUGUAUUCUGUCAAGUAAAAGUUAAUUUACCUGUUCAUUACUAGCCCACGCCCACCUUUACCCAAGUCAUUAAUCUGGACAGAUGAUGAAGCAGCACUUAGAAUUCAGUGCUUCUGGAAGGGAUACUUAGUAAGUAUAAUUAUAAUCCUAACAUUCGUAAGGAAGUAUAAUAAGUACCUAAACCAUGCAAUGAUUUAUAUCAUAUUACUGUUGACUAUACCAAGUGCUUACAAAUAUUAAAAAAAACUGUUGUUCUCAGUUGCCAAAAGAUUUAUAAAAUAUUGUAUUUUUUUUUUCUUUGGUAACUAAUCUUGACCAAAUUUUUAAAGGUUCGCAAGGAACCAGAAAUUCAAGAACUUCGCAUUUGGCAAAGGGAGUGGAGGGAAGAAGGUACAGGAAUUAAAAGGAAAGUAAAUGAGUUCUGGGACAAGAAGAUGCCAGAUGGCGAUGACAGUUUAUCAGUACCGAUAUCUCAAGACAAUGAAAUUUACUUAUUUAAGGAAAUAAUAAUUCCUUCACCAGAGCAUUCAGAAACAAAAUUAGAUCAGUCAGACACUUAAAUAGCUGUUUAAUAAAUCAAUUUUUCUCCAAGAAGAAUUCAUUUACCAUUGAAAUAUUUUAAUAUUUAUUAAUUCUUAUCUUUCAAUGAUAUAUAAAAUCUUCUGAAUCUUGCUACUACUAUUAUUACCAGAGUUACUACUAUGAAGCAUACCAUUACAAAAGAAGAGAGUAAUGUGCAUCCAAACUAGUAGUCUGUAAAAAGCAUCAAUGGAUUUUUUUUUUAAUUACUUCAACACAUUUCAGGGACAAAAGGCUGCAAAUCUUUAAAAUGUGCAAACAAGAAUAAUUUGCUUUUAAAAAGUUAUACACUCGAAAAGGUUCCAUAUUUAAAUAUUUUUAUGCUGAUCCUAUAUUAUUUUAAAUACUCUUUAUACCAGGUACCUAGUUAACCCAGUACUAAAAUUCUAAAAAAAAUUUUUAAAUAUAAUAAUUGGUGUCUCUAAAUAAAGAAUCUGUCAAGAUCAUAACAUUGUUUUGUUUUUUAAAAUAUGAAAUAAUUGCAAUUUUACUUAUCAGCCCACAAAACUUUAAUGAGAUGCACAAUGGCUAUUUCAGCUAUUUUAAAACACAUGUUCACAUCAUUAUUAAAAAAAUGGACAGGUGUAAGAUUAUUUCCAUUAAUAUUUUUGUAAAUAAUAUAUAUCUGUUCUUAAAUAAAUACAUGAAAUCGCAUCAAUGAUUAUCUUGGUCUCUUUGAGUCAAUCAUAAUAAAUUAGUUUGUGAAUUAUACUCUGUUGUUGGGUUGAUCCAGAUAACUGGUAGGCCUAAUUACCCCAUUUGGCAAUGAAGCCCAUUAAAAGGCUUUGUUUUCUCCUAACAAAUCGGCUGAUGAACAUUUGAAUAUAAUUUCUCUAACCCAGCUGCAAGAUUCAAAUGUUUUUGAAUGGGAUGGUUGCCAACGAUAUUUUUUUUUUUUACAAAGUCAAACUAAUAAUUACUUAUUUUUAUUCCCU